AAGUACUGUAAUAACCGACUCUCUCACCCUUUCGCUUAUAUAUAAAUUAGUUUAUAAAAAAAUAAAAAAUAAAUGUUGUUCUUUUACACUAAUACCGUUUUAAAAGCGAAUGAAAAACUGUAGCGUGUCUGAGCGAAGCAGAACCGAAGUAGCAGGGAGUCCUCUCGUCGCCUAGCUUAGCGCCCUCCCUGCCCAGUUCAGCAGCUCCUCUCCGCCUUGUGUCCCUCUCUUCCUAUCACUGUCAGCUCGGCUCAGUCAGUAGUUUAGCAGGCUAGUACGGAGACACAAGGGCUGCUCCCUUUCGCCUCUGCUCGGUCUGCUUCAGCACACCAACACCAUACAUUCCGCACCAUGGCUGCCACGGACGUUGACGUGUUUUCGAAUGAAGAGAAGCGUAACCUCAGUUUGGGUGGCCAUGUUGGGUUUGACAGCCUCCCUGAGCAGCUGGUCAGCAAAUCGGUCACGCAGGGUUUUUGUUUCAACAUCCUAUGUGUAGGGGAGACUGGUAUCGGAAAGUCGACGUUAAUGAACACGCUCUUUAACACCAUGUUUGAGAACGAAGAGGCGAGCCAUUACCAGAACGGCGUGUAUCUGCGGCCUCGAACAUACGACCUGCAAGAAACCAACGUCCGCCUCAAACUGACCAUCGUUGACACGGUUGGCUUCGGCGAUCAGAUCAACAAAGAGGAUAGUUACAAACCCAUCGUUGACUACAUUGACACUCAGUUUGAAAACUAUCUCCAGGAAGAGCUGAAGAUCAAACGCUCGCUGUUUAACUACCACGACACCAGGAUCCACAUCUGCCUUUAUUUCAUUGCCCCGACAGGACACUCCCUCAAGUCCCUGGACCUCGUUACUAUGAAAAAACUGGACAGCAAGGUCAACAUAAUUCCCAUCAUUGCCAAAGCGGACACAAUCUCCAAGAGCGAGCUUCAUAAAUUCAAAAUAAAGAUAAUGAGCGAGCUGGUGAGCAACGGCGUCCAGAUAUAUCAGUUCCCAACAGAUGACGAAACUGUCAGUGAGAUCAAUGCCUCCAUGAAUGCCCAUCUGCCAUUUGCUGUAGUCGGGAGUGUGGAAGAAGUCAAAGUGGGGAACAAAGCAGUGAGGGCCAGACAGUACCCCUGGGGUGUCGUUCAAGUUGAGAACGAGAGCCACUGCGACUUUGUGAAGCUCAGAGAGAUGCUGAUCAGAGUCAACAUGGAGGAUCUGAGGGAGCAGACACAUGCCCGCCAUUAUGAGCUGUACCGGCGCUGCAAGCUCGAGGAGAUGGGUUUCAAAGAUACAGAUCCUGACAGCGAGCCAUUCAGCCUUCAGGAGACGUAUGAGGCUAAGAGGAAAGAGUUCUUGGGGGAUCUGCAGCGCAAAGAGGAAGAAAUGCGGCAAAUGUUUGUCAACAAAGUAAAAGAGACGGAAGCAGAACUUAAAGACAAGGAGAGAGAGUUGCACGAAAAGUUCGAGCAGCUGAAACGGAUGCACCAGGAGGAGAAGAAGAAGGUGGAGGAUAAGCGAGGAUACCUGGAGGAGGAGAUGAACGCCUUUAACAAGAGGAAGGCGGCAGCCGAGACACUGUCCUUAUCUCAGCCCGUCAAGAAAGACAAGGACAAGAAAAAAUCUGUUAACAUGGAGAACCAGUCAGGUGUGAGUGCCUCCAGCUCCAAAGUGAUGAUGGCCAAAGCCAAUGUGGAGCCCUUGAACUGCCAAAGCUGGUGGCAAGCCAUACAGUGUUGCACCUGCCUGGUCCACAACGCCACCUGGAGGCCGGGAGGUCUCUUCUGAUUCCCCAGCCCAACGGGGAGGACACCGGGGUCCGUUGCAGGGUACCAGCCGACACCGGAUCCGAGACCGAUGGACGGAAUGAGGUGGGGGUGGCCGGAGACGAGCAUGGCGUGGAACUAGGAUGGACCAACGGGGGAAAAGAACAUAAUCGAGACCAAAAUGUUAGCAUAACGAUGUCAUUGUUAUCUCAUCGUCUGUCCACCCAUUGCCCACUCCUAACCUGCUAGAUUUAUAUCAAGUAUACCAGUGCAUUUAACUGCACAUCAUUCAUCCCUUUUACUCAAAUUUCUCACCAACAAAGAUGUGAUCAAUCUGCCGAUUGAUCAUCCAUGCUUCAUCAAAGGUGAGUGUAGAGGUCCAAACCUGAAGCUCUAGCAGUGCAGGUUUUGCUAAUGAAGCCCGCCAGACCCCCCUCCUCUUUGUCCGACUGCUAAUUGUAAUCUCGUUUGUAUCGUAUUGUACGUGCAGUGCUUUUCUGUGUUACCGUUUGUGGGAGGUAACUGACAAACCUGAGUUGGGGCUCAGUGGAAAAAGGUGGUUUCAGUUUUUCCAAAUAGCAACAGAAACUAAUUAAUCUGCUUCACUAAAACCAGUGAGUACAGGCUGAAUAAGCUGGCUCAGUCUUUUGGUUUAGAUGAACAUCCCGAGAAUCAAAAAAUAGGAAUGCAUUCAUCCAGCUUUUGUUUCAAACCCCGUCAUCCAUUUAGUCACAUAGCGUUUGGUUCAUCUGCUUUAUUUCGUCUUUUACGCCGUAGCAAAUAUAAGCCAUGGGAUUUAAAGAAAGUGGGAUGUUCCUGGAGCUGCAGAUUCAGCGGUGUGGCGCUAAAGUAAAAUUUCUUGAGUCAUCCCCCCCACCCUCACCACUACACUUCUUUCUGGAGUCCUUUUCAGGGUAAUGUAGCAGUAAAGAUGGUUUUUAGCGUCACACAGCUGAUUGUGCUUCUCCAAGAGUUUCACAUAGAUGUUGAAGAACGACGAGGUGUAACACGAAGAAAACUCUGUAAAUCCUCUUAUUUAUUCAUAUCAAAGUGUCAUGGUGGAGCGUCUGUGACAAAUUAAUCGAUAGAGUCUAUUGUUAGCCGUUUUGUAGACAACGGUAGAAUACAGUUUUAUUUAGUGAAGGGAAACUUCUUCAGGGCCGGGGGAAUGUAAUUGUGACAUACUUAAAAGUAGAGUUAAAGUAUUUAUUUGAAUAGUACAAAGAGAAAAAUGUCUUUAUUUUAUUAUAGUUUUUAUUAAUACAUCAUGUCUUUAUUUUAAAAGUCUUGGAUUUUGUAAUACCUGAAAAGUCAAGCGUUAGGACAAUAAUAGAGCCACAAUAAGAACUGCACUCGGUAAACCUGUGACAUAAAUAUCAGCCUGGAGGGGAAGUGCCAUUUUUUUUCUUCUUCUAAGUUUAGUGGGGAUUCAGCCUGAAUGUGCCAAGCUGCUUUUUUUGGGGGGGGACAGUUUAUGGUUGGUGGCUUUAAGAAGAAGUCCUACACUGCUCUCAGAAUCACAACGAUGUUAUUUAUACAUUUGUUGGGAAUGUUGGUGGUUGUUGAGACAGAAUCCAUGAGAAGACAAAACAAAACAAUAUUUAACUUUUCUAAAAAAGUCAGAUGCAUUUGAAAGUGUGCAUCACGAGUUGUAGGUAAAACUCGUAAAGCAUGUGGCUGAAUUCAGUUUAACCAUUUGUUAAGGCUGUAUUCAUAAAGCUUCCAGCUUCUGGCCUACAACCCGCUUUAUUUCUAUUACAUGGAUAAAGAUUUUGCUUUAGAGCACCUUCACAGUCCCGUGAAUUUUUGCUCUUUGGCUUUCACUUAAAAGCAUUAUGAAUACAGCCCGAGGCCCAGCUGCAUGAGAGGGGAUCCAAAUAAUGUGUGUGUGUGUGUGUGUGUGUGUGUGUGUUUGUUGACAGUUCAGAGAGCGGUUACUUCCUCAGGCAAUGACUUGGGAAGAUUUAACAAGUAGUGCCACAGAUCCAAACCGUAAACACAACACGAAGCUUUUGAGCGGUUACCCCUGAUAUAAUUUUAGAGAUCCUUGAUCUUUAUACCCUCCUGGCCGCUCAUCUUUUAGGUCUCCACAGCGAGGCUGCAGGGUUAGUCAGAAGUGCCUUGGCCUGAUAUGCAACGUAUGUUACUUUGCUUGCAGCUUGCACAUGCAGCCUUCUGUGUUAGAGAAGCCUCAUAAC